UGUUGCAGUAUUCCAUUUAAAUACAAUACAGUGACCUACAACUCUUGCACUUCUGCUGAUUGGCACAGACCCUGGUGCUCCCUGGCUCCUGUGUAUAACGGAAGGUGGGGCGACUGUGGUGAGUUUUAAUUUGACUUAAAGAGUAAGGCGUCUCUACUUUGUCUUUUCAUGUGAUAUCAUCAACACAUCAAAGAUUUACAUUUUCGCUUUUUGGUGUCACCAGUCACUGCAUCGUGCCAUAAGAAAACUACCUCAGGCCAAUGUUGCAGUAUUCCAUUUAAAUACAAUGCAGUGACCUACAACUCUUGCACUUCUGUUCAUUGGCACAGACCCUGGUGCUCCUUGGAUCCUGUGUAUAACGGGAUAUGA